UGCACCGGGGACAGUCCCGUUGAGUGGAGCGGCAGCACGGACGGACAUUUUCAUCCUGAAUCGAAACAAAUAGAGCAAAAUAAAAAGAAGAAGAAAAGCAGAAGAAACUUAACAAGGCUUUCUUGUUUGAGGUCAAAGUUCAACAGUCAUCAUGGCCGACGAAUCAGACAUGCGCAAUGAGCUGGCUGACCUGCAGACGCGCGCAGACCAGAUAGCUGAUGAGUCUCUGGAGAGCACUCGGCGUAUGCUGGCUCUGGUUGAGGAGAGUAAAGAUGCCGGCAUCAGGACUCUGGUCAUGUUGGAUGAGCAAGGAGAACAACUGGAGCGCAUCGAGGAGGGGAUGGACCAAAUCAAUAAGGACAUGAAGGAUGCAGAAAAGAAUUUGAACAAUCUAGGACAGUUCUGUGGUCUAUGUUCAUGUCCCUGUAACAAGAUUAAGGGUGGGGGCCAGGCCUGGGGAGCGAACCAGGAUGGAGUGGUGAACAGCCAGCCAGGGGCUCGAGUCAUGGAUGAACGUGAACAGAUGGCCAUCAGUGGGGGCUUCAUCCGCAGGGUAACAGAUGACGCCCGGGAGAAUGAGAUGGAUGAGAACCUGGAGCAGGUGGGCGGGAUCAUUGGCAAUCUGCGUCACAUGGCCCUGGACAUGGGCCAGGAGAUCGACACCCAGAACCGGCAGAUCGAUAGGAUCAUGGAGAAGGCUGAUUCCAACAAGACCAGGAUUGAUGAGGCCAACCAGCGUGCUACAAAGAUGUUGGGCAGUGGCUAAACUGCAGCGAAAAAGUGCUUUCAUCCCCGUUCAACCCCAAACACCCUAAAAAUAAAAACACCAACCAAACCCAGCCCCAACACCAACGCCCGGCGCUCUCUUCCUAUGCUCGACAGCAGGCGCUGCAAAAUCAUGCUUUUAUUGUGAUACUUGUAGAGGUUUGCACACAUGCACAUAUCAUACAUUCCUCUGCCCCCUCUCAACGAUGCCCAUCACUUCCCUUUCAUCCUGCCCCUAACCCCUCUUGUCAGUGUUGUUCUGUGUUGUUGCUCUUUUGAUUUUGUUAAGGAACAUUAGUUCAGUUACACAUCGUCCACCUCAAACUAUCUCCACAUUGUACAUAGUGCUUCUUAAAUGGCUUCAUGGACGUAGAUCACUUGUUCUGUUUUCUUCAUCAUUCUUUUUUUUAAGUCUGUGUGUAAUAUAAACUGUAUGUACACCUUGUUCCAAAAUGUUCCUCCCCCCCAUGUCAGUAUUCUGGUGUUGUCCAUGUAAGGCACACUGUGUAUUCAUCGGUCAAGAUGUUGUGAUGCUACGUGAUAAAGCCACAGUGAUUUGCAGUGAAUAUAGUGAACAUACAGCCCUCACAGCUUGCAACGAAGGCCACUGUUUGAAUGAAGUCAUUUAAUGUUAAACCGCUCAAAUCUUAAUAACAUCGUAGACCAAGGAUACUCAGUUAAGUAUUUGACAUUUGGAUGAAAACAUGGCUUUUCGUUCCUGACUGUUGGUGCACCAGUAUUUUACCAACUCUAUUCAUGGAGCAGUAUUAACGCAAUUUGAUGCCAUUGAUUGUAUAUUAUAUCUUUUCCUCAGGGAGCUAAAUCUGACCAUUCAAAAGCAAGGGUUGAAUAUUUAAUUGAUAAUUGUAAUUCAUAAAAACUGUAUCAAAAGGCUCUACAUAUGCGAAUAUUAGCAUUUGGUUGUGGUUUGAACAGAAUUUGUUGAUGGGACUCUUGUGUAACAGGCAGAAUAAUAUUGGGCAUUAACCAUUAUAGUUAGCAGUUCAACAGCAUUGUAAGGCAAAGUUAAAGGGGGGGGGUCACAACCCAGGCCGGACUGCUUUACCCCGAUUCAACCCUAGCGACCCUAAUAUCGAGUAGUGCAUUAAGUGUGUUAUGCAUGUCCAUCCGCUGCUAGAAGACACUGAAUAAUUCAUUUAUUCAGACAAAAAUAUCUUAACAUGGCAACUGCAUGCUACAUAUGUAGGCCACACAGAAGAGAGGUCCAUAUUUAUCUGCAAUAGUGCCACUCUUUUUGUUUCAUGUCUCCUUACCUUUCCAGACUGUGACCAUCACUGUAAAAUACAACCUUGGAAAAUGCCAAUAAAACCAUCAUAACUGUAGAACAAAAA